AUCUAAAGAUUUUAUUUAAAAAAAUGUAUUGGAAUUAUUACAGAAAUCUUAAAAGAUCAAAAAAAAUUGAGAAAGAAGAAUACUUGACCUCCAGAUCCGUCGCCGUUGCCGGUCGUCGGCGCAAGCUACGGCAGCCAAGUAAACUGUUGUGCAAAAUGGAGAUAAAAGACGGUAAUGAAAGUGCAAAAGAGAUCAGCUUUAGAUGUGUUCAGUGUGGAUUCUCAGUCACAACUCUAUAUAUACAGUACUCUCCUGGCAAUAUCCGCCUCAUGAAAUGUGGAAAUUGCAAAGCAAUUGCUGAUGAGUACAUUGAAUGUGAACUUAUGAUAUUGGUUAUUGACUUGAUUUUGCAUAAAAUUAGAGCCUACAGACACUUGUUCUACAACAGGUUCUCUUGUGAGACUUUGCAUAAUGAGGGCUUGUUGUGGAAAUUAUCUCUGGGCUUCCUGAUAUUAGAUGCUUACCAAAUGCUGGUAGUAUGCACAACUCAAGAUGAGAAGAGUUUGUCAGCAAGCUUUGCCUCAUUUCUGGGGCUUUCUGGAAAGGUGCUCACGGGAGUCUUCUUUGGGAAUCUCAUAUUCCUUGGCAUAAUUCUAUUUGGCACAAGGAGGUUUCUGAAUGCAAAAAUAGGAGAUUCAAGGUGUAAGCAUAUAUUGCUUUCGAUCCUCGUUUCUAGUUACUUCAAGAUUUUUCUUAUUGCGAUGAUGGUUUGGGAAUUUCCCUCUUCCGUUGUUUUCAUCAUUAACAUGUUUGUCUUGUCAUCUAAUGCACUGGCAUUGCUGGUGAUCACGGAUGCGGUCAUGAUUAGAUGCAUAUGGGUCUGCUUUGCGGCACAUGCCAUGAAAUUCCUUGUUACUCAAGGGCUUGGAGCAUAUCGAAAGCUAGUUCUUUGGUAGUCAUUUGGCAAAACUUCUAAUGGUUGCAUCUUGCAUUAGCUUGAGAGGCGUGAUUUCAAAUGCCAAAUGGUUCAGGUAAUCUCCUUUGCAACAGAGGUUAUUUAAAUCAGGGCCCUUAACUUUGAUCUUCAACAGCUUUUGAAUCUAAUAUAUGGUGGACGUAAAUCUUGUCAAAGUAUGGUGUUUCAUUGAUAUGUUGGUUUUAGGCUGAAAACCUCAUUCCGCGUGGCUUCUGAGGGGUGUAAUCAAGGUGUUUAUAAUCGUCUUAUUGGAUGGGACCUGAAAGCUCCUCACUUUUAUACCCGUUGCUGGUCCAACGUACUAGAAUAAGCAAGGUGGUGUUUUCGGAUAGGAAAGUUUGACUUUGGUGAUCGCUGAGAUGCCUACGUCAAACAUGGAGAGCAGCAUUGAUACUCGUUUUACGAUAAUGAUGUUCUAUUUUUUCACUUUUUCAAUAGAGAUUUAUGUUCUUUGGACAACAGUCCAUCUAGAAUGUAGGUUAACAUUAACCUGGGAGAACACCUAUUAGCUCUAUUUUGUUUUUGUUAUGCUAGAUCUUUGUUUUUAUCA